UCGGCGCGUGGUGCUCUGUGUGGUUAGAUUCGUGCAUACAUGCCCGGGUAAACGAAGGCACUCGCAAAUUCGGCGGGGUGCGAAGGGCUUUUGUAAAAUUUAUAUACUCUCUAUGUCCAUUCGUUUGACAUUGUUGCCUUAAUCACGUGGCUAGCUCUCGGUAGGUCUUGGUGGUCGGAGCCGACAGGACGGUCGACCCGAUGCGAGGGUACGCACGAUAGAGAGCAGCCAAGAGAGGAAGGAAAACAGACAAACGGACGAACAAGCAAGUAGUAGAAUAGGUGUCCCGUGUGAUGGAGUGUCCCAUGUUGUGCAUCGUCGAGUUCGUUCUUCCGGUCGAGGCCGAGAGCAGCAGCAGUAGCCAGCAGGUAUACACUAGUAACGGCAGCAGCUGAGGGAAGGCGCGCCACCAUAUUGAGUGAAACGGACGGACGACGUGGACCCGGUGAAAAUGAUCGUCUGUGGUAGAGUCAUCGGCCGAUUAUCGUCCAGGCUGAUGCAUAUGACUCGUUUAUAUCAGCCGGUUAAUUACGUGGGGAUUGUAAAUAUUAGCAAGUUACAUUACAGUAGCGAUGUGAGCAAUAAAAAGUCACGAGGCACCACUAUCAAACCUGAAGAAUGUGUGCCUGAAUCUAAAUAUUCCAAGCCACAAAAAGAGGUUCCUGCUUGUGAAUUACGUAAUGGGUCUUGUCCUCCGAAUUGUAAUCAAGAGCAAAAGCAAUCGGGUGAUGGAGGUGGCAAAAAAUAUCAAUUUCAGUAUUGGCACUUGCUGGCUGCCUUGGUUGUAACCGGAGUUGCUGGAUACACGCUAUUCUCAACAUUUGGGUCAAAAGAUAAUGGAGCAGUUUCUAAAAAGAAGGAAAAAAGGAAGCCUAGAAGAUUUAGACAGAAAGUGAAAACUCCAGCAGAAUCGAAAUUGAUACCCCAAGAAGUACCUUAUCUAUUAAUAGGUGGUGGAACAGCUGCAUUUUCAGCAUUUAGGUCAAUUAAAUCUAGGGAUCCCAAAGCUACAGUUCUAGUAAUAACAGAGGAAGAGGACUUUCCAUAUAUGAGACCGCCAUUAUCCAAAGAACUUUGGUACAGUACAGACAAAGAUACAACACAGCAAUUACGUUUUAACCAGUGGAAUGGAACUCAGAGGAGCAUAUUCUAUGAACCACGUGAGUUCUAUUUGACCAUUGAUAAUCUCAUGAAAUCUGAGAAAGGUGGAGUUGCUGUAGCCACAGGUUGGAAAGUAACGAAAAUCGACGCUAUAAAUAAAACGGUGAUUCUCGAAGAUGGUUAUGAAAUAAAAUAUGAUAAGUGUCUCUUAGCAACUGGUUCAUCGCCAAAAAAUCUUCCGGUAUUUGAAUCCACUCAGGACAGUGUGAAAGAUAAGAUCACAACAUACAGAACAAAGGAAGAUUUUCUUGAUCUAGAGGAAAGUAUAUCCGACCUCAAAUGUAAGAAUAUCGCUAUCAUCGGUGGCGGAUUUCUGGGCUCCGAACUCGCCUGUGUGCUUGCUAAGAAUUAUAAAUCUAAAAACAUUUAUCAGAUCUUCAGAGAAAAAUUUAUAAUGGCUCAAGUAUUACCGGAAUACUUAAGCGAGUGGACCACGAAAAAGGCUGAAGCCGAAGGUGUUAAAAUUGUACCUAGCAAAGAAGUUGAAGAUUUUAGAUAUAAAGACGAUCGAUUGUCUCUCGUUCUCACUGGUGGUGAAACUAUGGAUGUUGAUCGAGUGAUAGUAGCAGUAGGUGCGGAACCAAAUACAGAUCUGGCGAAAACUUCCCGUUUAGAGACGGAUUCUAAAAUAGGAGGAUUCCUCGUUAAUGCUGAGUUAGAGGCAAGAAGCAAUAUUUGGGUUGCUGGUGAUGCAGCAUGUUUCUAUGAUGUUAUUCUUGGCAGGCGAAGGGUCGAACAUCAUGAUCAUGCCGUUGUCUCUGGAAGAUUAGCAGGCGAAAAUAUGACCGGUGCAGGUAAACCAUAUCUGCAUCAAGCGAUGUUUUGGUCCGACUUGGGACCUGAUGUGGGAUACGAAGCAGUAGGUAUUAUAGACUCGUCCCUGCCAACUGUUGCAGUCUUCGCAAAACCAAGCGCGAAAGAAAAAAAUUCGGAGUCGGCUGGCAAUCCUGACAAAUCGAAUCCUGAAAAGCAGCAAUCUAAUGUAAAAUCAGAAGAAUCAUCGGAAAUCGUGAAGAACACGGAUCGUACGGGUUCAGAAAAGAAAGAAAUAAAUGAAGAUGAUGCAAAAUCAGUAAAAGCACCCAAGGAAGACUUCAGCAAAGGCGUUGUUUUCUACCUCCAGGACGAUAUUGUAGUAGGAAUAGUGUUGUGGAAUAUCUUCAACCGAAUGCGAGUUGCCAGACAGGUUCUUGCAAAAGGCACAAAGUAUGAUGAUCUGAACGAAGUAGCGAAAGUAUUUACUAUUCAUGACGAUUAAUUCUUUGGCCGACGACAAAAGUGAAGGACAAUACUCCGAAAUUAUUGUACUUUUGCGUAAAAAAGUAUUUGACUUUCUUGUUCGAGGUAUUGUUGAUGAUGGAAAACCCGCAAGUAACAACUAGUAUGACACUAUGCUGUGCAGAUACGCGAAUUGUAUAUGGGCGCUAGAGCUACUUUGUGUAUUAUACAUAUUGAUUUCUAAAUACAGUUUGUGUACACGAAACUUUCAUAGGAAUAUGCGAUGUGUAUGUACGUUUAUUAUAGUUAGUAUGCUAACUGAGAGCAUUUAUAGGAAAUAAAGGAAAAACGAUUUUAUUAAUUAUCACGCAACAGUCAAUUACUACUUAUUGUAGAAAUUAAUUGUUUUGUUAACGUAUAAUUGUACACACAUGCGCACAUACGUACGCACUUUGGUGUAUAAGUAUUCUAUAAAACAUUUUACAUUA